AUGGAUGAUGAGAUCGCUGCCAUCGUUAUCGACAACGGCUCCGGCAUGUGCAAAGCUGGCUUCGCCGGGGAUGAUGCCCCGCGGGCCGUCUUCCCCUCCAUCGUCGGCCGACCGCGGCACACAGGCGUAAUGGUCGGCAUGGGUCAGAAGGACUCUUAUGUCGGCGACGAAGCCCAAGCCAAGCGGGGUGUCCUCACGCUCAAAUAUCCUAUCGAGCACGGUAUUGUCACCAACUGGGAUGACAUGGAGAAGAUAUGGCACCACACUUUCUACAACGAGCUCCGUGUCGCUCCCGAGGAGCAUCCGGUCUUGCUCACUGAGGCCCCGUUGAACCCCAAGCAAAACCGCGAGAAGAUGACCCAAAUCAUGUUCGAAACGUUCAACACCCCCGCCUUCCAUGUCCAGAUUCAAGCCGUGCUCUCCCUCUACGCCUCAGGCCGCACGACCGGUAUCGUUCUCGACUCCGGCGACGGCGUCUCGCACGUCGUGCCCAUCUACGAAGGCUUCGCUCUUCCACAUGCCAUCCAGCGUCUCGAUCUGGCCGGACGCGAUGUUACGGACUAUCUCGUGAAGAACUUGACGGAGCGCGGGUAUCCGCUCACGACGUCGGCCGAACGCGAGAUCGUGCGCGAUAUCAAAGAGAAGCUCUGCUACGUCGCGCUCGACUUUGAGAACGAGCUGCAGAUCGCGGCGCAGAGCUCGGCGAUCGAGAAGAACUAUGAGUUGCCGGAUGGUCAGGUUAUCACUAUCGGGAACGAGCGAUUCCGCGCGCCAGAGGCGCUGUUCCAGCCUGCUUUCCUCGGUCUUGAACAGGCAGGUAUCCACGAGACGACGUACAACAGUAUCUUCAAAUGCGACCUCGAUAUCCGUCGCGAUCUAUACGCGAACAUCGUCCUCUCCGGCGGAACAACGAUGUUCCCGGGCCUCAGCGACCGCAUGCAGAAAGAGCUCGGCGCGCUCGCGCCCAACGGCGUCAAGGUCAAGAUCGUCGCGCCGCCCGAGCGCAAGUACAGCGUCUGGAUCGGUGGGAGCAUCUUGGCGAGUUUGAGCACGUUCCAGAAUUUGUGGGUCAGCAAGCAGGAGUACGAUGAGACGGGGCCGGGGAUUGUUCAUCGGAAGUGCUUCUGA